ACUUCAGCUUCAACGACCGCACGACUGGACCAUGCGAGAUGGCUACGGCCGGGGUCCCAUCUGGCGCACGAAGCCACCAUAACACCAUCUUUGACUCGGUCUUUCCGCCUAAAGAAUACACCACAGCAACACCACAAGCCACGCCAAAUAUCGGGACUUUGGAAUCUCCUGGUGUUGCUUUUGGCGGCUUUGGUAUUGCGGACGAUCCCGCCACUGAAACUAGGAUUUUCAAUAACAUCUGGAGUACCGCAACCGCGUACUUGACUUUGGUGCCGCUUCGUGGAGCACGCCCGGGAGACCCCCAUUAUGACCUGUCAGGCUCACGUGUCAGCGAUGCCAUGGCCGAGUUGCUUUCCUACUCGGCAGGUAGAAAGCAGUUGCUGGAUUGGUAUAAACACGAAAUCUCUAAGCACUUCCACCAAUUUGUGCUUCCCAAGCUGCAAUUCUGGAAACAUCCAAUCGAGCUUGACAAGGCGACUGAGGCUCUGAAGACCACUGAGGAGGAACUGGUAGUUGCAGUCAAGCAAUACUUUACCGACAAGCAAUUUGGGGUCAUGCGCGAGACUGCAUCAAGUGGAGAUGUUGCCAAGUUGCAAGCCGUGCCAUUGUACGAGAGCUUCGACGCAUUCGUGGGCGAGGCUAGACGCUACUUCCAUGUUUUGGUCUUACACUCACUGCCACGACAUCGGAUACAAAAAACAAUGGCCAGCUACCUGUUUGCGGCCAUGAAUCACAGCAUAAUGUCGUCUAGCGAUCCUGAAAAAUGCACCGAUGAUGAUCAAUGUCAAUGUCUUGUGGACUUCGACCAAGACUUUCUCAAGAACUUGGCUGUAGUUGGUCUCGGUGGAAGUUUAGGGGAGAGAGCACUUGCGCUCGCGGUGCAUCGCCUUCUUCAAGGCCCGGCCGUCGAACGUCGUUGCUUCCAAGUCGAUUGGAGCGGCCAGAGCAAAGUGAUUCCGCGGUUACUCGAUUGGGUCAAGGGAGAAUUAGUUCCGAAGCUGAAUGCAGCAGUCUGCGAUCUGUCCGGUGACUGGUCCCUGACACUUCCGAGCGCGCAAUUCGAAUCUGCAGCAAUCGUUAGCUUUGGUCGUCUGCGAACCCUCGCUUUGUUCGAUUAUGUCAGCACUUGGCCAGCCAGUAAAGGUGCCGUCCUUGACAUCAAGGAGUAUCUUCAUGCGAACGGGGCCACUGAGAAGGCACAUGUUUGCACGAGCUUCUCGAAUCAAAUUCACCAACGCCUGUUCCACGCAGGCGCAAGCACUAUCGAGAUCCUCUCUGUUUAUAUCAAUGUUAUCCAUGUUUUCCAGCUGCUUGAUUCUCGUGGAGUCUUGCUGGAGAAAGUGGCCAUCCCCAUCCGCAACUAUCUCCGAGGCCGAGAAGAUACGGUCUCCAUUAUCGCGGCCAGCUUUUUGGCUGACUUCAGGGCCCAGGAUGAGAAAGUUUGGUCCUCUGUUGAUCGUGACAAGAUCUGCAUUGCUAUUUCUGAGGCUAUACACAACCCUGACCAGGAACAUCGUCCGGAGCGCCCGGAUCAUGAUGGCGAUUCAGAUGCCUACUGGAGUAACAUGCAGUGGAUACCAGAUCCUAUUGACGCUGGACCCGACUACAAGUCGACCAAAGCAGAUGAUAUAGUGGCCUAUAUCAUUGGAUUGUUCGAGCCCGAAGAUUUCAUCAAGGCAUUCUCCAUAGCGCUUGGCCAGCAUUUACUCAAAACCGAGGAUCGGCACUACUAUAUGGAGAUCAGUACAAUUGAACUCCUGAAGGAUCGCCUAGAUUCAGGAUUGCUUCAGCAUGCAGAAGUCAUGCUGAAGGACAUGCAAGAAUCUGCGAACCUAAAUAGGCGGCUCAAUCCAAGCGACGUGGAGAUUCCUUCAUCGGUGCCGCCAACUCCAAAAGAGCUACAAAGGGCCAUCCCAGAUCAUGGUAUCACUCUGAUGUCGCUGUACGAACAGUUCAAAACACGCGUGGACAGCGCGCAAUUUCAAGCCAGUCUGAAACUGGUCGCUCACAAACGCGAUGACCUCUAUUUUCCGAAGCGCACGCGACUUCCUGCAGAGCGCACCAGGGAGACUACGAACGCGCAGGAUGCCAAGGACAAAAUGGAUUUUGAAAUCAAAGUACUGUCUGAAUAUUUCUGGCCUAAACUGCGAGAAGGAGAAUUCAAGGUGCCACAACAGAUCGCAGCGCAGAGAGAGAGGUAUGAGAGGGAAUUCUCACAAAGAAGCGCCCAGCGGAAGUUGGAGUGGAGAACGGCGCUGGACACCACUUCGAUCGUACUUAAUCUUGCAGAUCGCGAGGUCGAAGCGAUGGACGUCGAAGUCUGGAAAAUUACAAUCAUCGAUGCGUUUGCCACGGAGCGUGACAGUGAAGACGACUUAGCACCUCUUGAAUUCGAUGAGGAGGGCUUGUCGGUAGCUCAGCUCGCGGAAGCGUUGAAAAUGUCUGAAGAUUAUGUUCAGAACGGCAUCAGCUAUUGGAUGAACAAGAGAGUACUCUACGAGAAAUCGACGGGCAGAUAUGCGGUUCUCGAGCAUUUGGACAUGGACGUCCCAAGCAUCGCAGAGCCCUCGCAGCUGGAUGUAGAGGAUGCCGGAGCAAUCAUGUCUGAGCAGGCCAUGCUGCAAUCAAAUGCCAGCACUUUCCAGACUUUCAUCGAGCAGAUGUUGCGGAACAGCGGUGCCAAAGAGAUUGGAGGUAUGAUGGGUAUUACGAGUGUUAUGAAAAUGGUGCUACCAACAUUUACGUAUGGAGACGAUGAGGUGAAGUGGUUGCUUGAAGAUAUGGAGAGCCGCGGGGAUGUUGUGAGGAAGGGUGAGUCUUGGGCUGUGGCGAAGUAAGGUCCUCUGUCAACACAUCUCCAUCUUACUACAUCACAACAUUGCGGCCCUCGUCAUCGUCCUCGUCAUCGUGUUCUGUGAUGGUAAUUACAGAAGGUGUUGCUUUGACUAGGAUAGAUGAGCGAUCGACUUGAUUGACUUAUGUAUAAAAUGUCG